AUGAAGCCAGCCCUCGAACGAAACCUCGCAAAUACAUCACGAAUCAACCAAUACCAGCCAUCCAUUCUACCAUUGCUGAGUAAAACUCAUCUCAGUCGGCCAGCCCAGGACCCCACCAGUCACAUUCGACAACAAUCGAGACUUAUCGUGAGCUUUGUCCCGGCCGCUCCGGCGGGAAGCCCGUCGCUUGCCAUCAUGGACACAGACGCGUACCGAUUUCGUGUCCCCAAGCCGAAUUAUUUGCCUCACAGGACCGACAAGGACGACAUCGUCGAAGAAUACGAGCCUCUCGGCCAAGCCAGUGAGCUCGACAACGCCAAGUACUUCGCGAAAUGCAAGCGCAUAGCUGAGGAGUCUGGCAUCACACGACCAAAAGGCUACAAUGUCUCUUUUCAUUGCAAUCCCGAAAUGGAGAAGCACCACUUCGGCCAGACUCAUCCUAUGAAACCCUGGAGACUUACCCUUUCCAAGAGUCUCAUUUAUUCUUACGGCAUGUCUUUCGCCAUGGACAACUACAUCGCCCGCGCUGCCACAUACGAAGAGCUCAACGAUUUCCACUCGGACGACUACUUGGACUUCCUGGGCACCGUCCUGCCCGAGCCUGUUCCUAGGGACGUUGAGAACGCUAACCCCGAUCUUAAGUUUAAUCUGGGCGGCUCCGACUGUCCUCUGUUCGAAGGCCUCUACGACUACUGUUCCAUGUCAGCAGGCGGAUCUCUUGAUGCUGCGCGCAAAAUAUGUUCCAACCAGUCCGACAUUGCCGUAUCAUGGGGAGGCGGCUUGCACCACGCGAAAAAGGCCGAGGCGUCUGGAUUCUGUUACAUCAACGACAUCGUCCUGGCCAUUCUGCAGCUAUUACGGUGCUAUCCUCGUGUCCUUUACAUCGAUAUUGAUGUGCACCACGGAGAUGGUGUUGAGGAAGCAUUUUAUUCCACCGACCGCGUUAUGACGGUAUCAUUUCACAAAUACGACCCUCUCAACUUCUUCCCCGGUACCGGCGGACUGGACGAUAAUGGUCCUAAGAACGAGCAUAACCCAGGCGCGCACCAUGCGAUCAACGUUCCUCUGAACGACGGCGUCACUGACGACCAGUACAAGUGGCUCUUUGAGAAUGUCAUUGGCAAAUGCAUGGAGAAGUUCCGACCUAGCGCUAUUGCGCUGCAGUGUGGUGCCGACUCUCUCGCCGGAGAUCGUCUAGGACGUUUCAAUCUUCAAGUCCAAGGCCACGGUGCCUGCGUCGAGUUCUGCAAAUCAUUUGGAGUGCCCAUGAUCCUCUUUGGUGGCGGCGGGUACACUCCCCGCAAUGUUGCCCGCGCCUGGGCCUUCGAGACCAGUAUUGCCAUCGGCUGCCAGGACAAGAUCGAUCCCAUCAUUCCGACACACGCUCCUUGGAGAGACCAAUUUAGGUAUGAGGAGUUGUUCCCGACACUGGAACAGAUUCUCGGGGAGCCGCGUGUCAACCGCAACACACGAAAGAAACUGGAUGAGGUGUUGCAGCAUGUGACAGAACAGCUGAGGUUCGUGCAAGCAGCUCCAAGUGUACAGUACCAGACCAUUCCCCCAGACCUGGGCGGUCUGAGAGACGACGUUGAAGCAGCACUCAAAGAACAGCGAGAGGCCGAGAAUGACGCUGUGAGGAAACAACGAGAAGAGGCCGUUGGACAAGCCAUGGAUCUAGCAAUUGGCGUCCUCAACGUCAGGGCGGGCCAGGCGGGAACCUCAGGGACUACUCUUCCAGUACCUUGUUGCUGGGAAACAUCAGACGAGUACCAAUUGAGUCCCGUAUUCGUCCUUGAAGAGACCGAGUCAUUACUGCUGCAUCAGGAUAUGUCAUCUAUGAACACGAUUCCUGAGGCGAGCCGCUCAUGUAAUAAUGGAACCAACCUCAGCAACCCGCCCGGCUCUCAUUCGACAUUAUUCGGCUGCCUAGAUAGCGGGGCCUCGGGUGAGGACGUAUCUCGGCUGCUGCGUCCAAACUUGGCUAGAUUCAAGCCGGGCACAUUGAGCAAUUGUCCAAUGGGGAGCAGCAGCGUGAUGAGCACCCUUAAGCUUAAUCCCCAUUUCAAGAUUCUCAAUUAUGCAACGACUUCACCGACGGAGCAUUCCUUUGGGAAAGCAAGUAGAGAGAGGAGGCGGGAGGGGAGGGGGGAUGACGGAGCUGGUUUGUCUCUUCAUCAGGGAAGAGCAGGUGUUAUUGGGAUUGAAGUUGUUGCGUCCUUCUGCUUUGCGCGUUUGCGUUCUUACACCCCCAUCUGGGCCAAUAUUAUGGCCACCGGUCAGCAUUUAGAUCAGGGCCAAGAAGUGUCUGUCUUCUUCGCUCUUUCAAGCCCGUCGUCCUUUGCUGUAUUUGGCUGCCUGGAGGGAGGGGAACGCGUCAAAUCAAGAACUCCAAGUCCGACCCUCGAAUUCCUCCCAUCGGGCAACACAAAAAUGGUCUCGUCACGACAACUCGCACUCCUUGCCGGAGCCCCGGCCGGCAUCCUCGCCCUCGCCGCGCCGCUGCUUCCCCGCGCCGUGGACUACAGCAAGUGGAAGCCCGGCGUCAGCUUCCAGAUCGUCCUCCACCACCCCAUCUUGGCUGGGAGCACGGCAGACAUCGUCCCCGCCAACGCCGACGUCUGGGACAUUGACCUGCAGCACGCCGUCGACUACCCCAACAUCAUUCCCACUCUCAAGUCGGCGGGAAAGAUUGUCAUGUGCUACUUCAACGGCGGCGCCCUCCAAGACUGGGACGAAGACCUCGACGCCUUCCCCCCCGCCGUCAUCGGCUCGCCCCUGAACCCGCCCUACACAGACGAGCGCUACCUCAACAUCAAAGACGCCCGCGUGGUGGCCCUCAUGAAGGCCCGCCUCGAACGCGCCGCCUCCAUCGGCUGCGACGCCGUCGACCCGGACAACAUCGACGCCUGGGCCGAAGACGGCGACGACCCGACGGGUUUCAACCUCCAACCGUCCGAUUACGCGACGUACAUCUCCGCGCUGGCGGCCCACGCGCACACGCUCGACACCACGGCCGGCUCUGGAAGGAAGCUGCUGCUGGGGCAGAAGAAUGCGCCGACGAUUGCGCCGCAGCUUGCGUCCGUGGCGGAUUUCGCGGUGCUCGAGACGUGUCUAGGGACGAGGACGUCGGACGAGGUUGAGCCGUUUUGCGCGGAUUUCCAGCCGUACAUCGCGGCGGGUAAGCCCGUUUUCCAGAUCGAGUACCCGACGAGCGUGCGGGACGACGACUCCAUCAGCCAGGUUGAUUACAACUACUUUUGCGUCAACAAGAAUGGCAACGAGGGGUUCAGCGAGGUGCUGAAGCACGCGAGCGAGCAGGUUGAUGGGUGGGGCCAGUUCUGCGGGCUGGGGCUUACGGGGGGUAGGUUUGAGACGCCUACUGUUGAUGAGGGGGAUGAUGAGGAGUAA